UUAAUAUAUUUUUCUAAAGAAAUGAAUCAUACUGAAUGCAGAACAUUAAUUUUGCAACGUCUUCAGGCUCGGGAUAAACAGAGUGCCCAGUUUGACAGAAUUAUUCGAUCAUACCAAUCUUUGGCUGAUUCUAUGCGUCAUUUAAUGACAAGACAAAAAUUUUCUUCUCGCUCAGUUCGUAAAUCUCAAUCAUCUUUGCCUCAGGAAAGUUCAUUGGAACAUGAAGAACAAAUAGCAGCAUUAGAAGCUAAAUACGAAGAAAUUUGUCUUCAAAAAGGUGUAAAUGAUCAACAAUUGAUUGAAACAACUAAUCGACUUUUAAAUGUUGAAAAAGAAUUAAAAAAUACUCAAAUAGAACGUGAUAAAGCACUGGAAACAAUUGAGAAACUAAAGAAAGAUUUGACGAGGACAAAGGAGGAAAUGGAACAAUUAAAAUCAGAUAAUCGAACACUUUUUGACGAACAUAUUGCUUUGCAAGCUGCUUACUCUGCUGUUGAAGCGAAAUAUAGUCAAGCAGACAAGGAACGUGCUGAACUUAUUAACAGAAUGAAGGAAUUGAAAGAAAGGGAGAUUACUCUUGUUAAUGAAAUGAAUGAAAGGGAACAACAGUUAAAUUUACAAAAACUUCAAUGCGAUCUUGCAGAGGCGUCAAAACCAAAUCCUGUUUUAGAUGCAAAGGCUUUUGAAGUACUUGCUGCUGACGAAAAAGGCAUUUCUGAUGUGUCUGAUUCUGCUUUUGCUCAAGAAAGGUUUCAAAGUUUUGGAGAUAUUAUACCUGAAAGAUGCGGAAUUAAAUUUGAAUGCAACGAAAUUGGAGAUGUAAAUGAUGUAAAAUUUCAUCCAAAUGGGAGGUUCUUUUUCACUGCAGGAAUUGAUAAAAAGAUCAAAAUGUGGGAACCAAGAAAUGAUAAUUGUGUAAAAAGGCUUGAAUUUACUGGAGCUGUUCAAGGUUUAACACGUAUUGAUAUUCAUCUAGAAAGUGGCCAUUUGCUUGGAUCAAGUAAUGAUUGUGCUGUGAGGUUGUGGUCGAUAGAUGAUCAACGAAUGAGGGUUGCAUUUACUGGCCAUACAGAUAAGGUAACCUCUGCAAAGUUUAUGAGUGAUGGACGUCAAGUAGCUUCAGGAUCUAAUGACAGAACAAUAAAGAUUUGGGAUACAAUAACUAAUAGAUGUCAAAAAACAUUUUUUCCUGGAUCAACAAUUUGUGAUUUGGUAACAAAUGAUCAUUAUGGUGCUCCUUUGAUAAGUGCUCAUUUUGACAAAAAGAUCCGGUUUUGGGAUACUAGAGCUCCGGGUGAUUCACCUACUAAUUUGGUUAAAUUUGAUGCCAAAAUGACUUCAUUAUGCCUCACAUCCGAUUUUAUGUAUUUAUUAUGUUCAUCUAGAGACGAAACUUUAACACUUUUGGAUUUACGUACAAAUGAUACUUUACAUAUUUAUAGUGCCGAACAAUACAGAACUUCAUCUGAUUAUAGCCGCGCUGCUGUAAUCAGCCCUGGUGAUAGUUAUGUGGCCGCUGGUUCUGCUGAUGGACAUAUUUUUAUUUGGAGUUUACAUAGUACUCGGCUUGAAAAAAUUCUUUUUAGAGGAGGCCACGAAAAUAUUCCCGUUCUUUCUUUGGCUUGGCAUCCAGCUGGUCAUGUUUUAAUAAGUGGUGAUAAACGAAAAACUGUUUGUUUGUGGAAAUAA